CAUCGAGAAUCACAGGGUCCCUCAGCUUUCAGAGUGUCAGACAGCCAAUCUGGUCUCAUGAUCUCAUCGCGCUCUUCAUAUCUCCAUAGCCGGUCGACCCCGGUCUGAUCUGCAGCUAUCGACCUAGCCAGAACUUCCCCAGAUUUGCCUAGGGUUCUGGACGACUGGGUCUACCUACUGAUAAGCCGUGGCCAAUUGUGGCAGAUAUAAAAACGUUUCAUAAUACGGGGUAACAAAUAGUCGGGAUCAUCCACUCAUCUCGUUUACCAAAGAGACCAUCUUGAGUUGACUCGAUCACCUUUACUCUGCCUUAGUUGCUCGUGUAGCAGUCUCCAAUUCAACCCCCUUUCCCAUCUUGGCAAAAGCCAAUGUCAACUCGCGACACUUCGCCCCAGCUUCUCCAAGUCGGAGCUAUGCCUUCGGAAAAGAAACUCGAUAGUCCUGUAACUGAUAUGCGGAGGGACAGCGAUGUCGAGAAUAUGGCUGGAACAGUCGUGGAGUCUCACGAGCUGAGACAGGGCCUACAUCAACGACAUAUCCAGAUGAUUGCCCUGGCAGGCACAAUUGGCACUGGCUUGUUCCUGAGCUCUGGUCGAGCCAUUGCCUAUGCUGGCCCGCUCGGUGCGUUCCUGGCAUAUCUUAUAAUUGGCUUGGCUGUCUCGAGUGUUGUCUGUGGCGUUGGCGAGAUGGGUGCUCUGGCACCUCUCAGUGGUGGUGUAAUUCGCUACGCCGAGCUCUUCUGCGACCCUGCUCUUGCAUUUGCCAACGGAUGGAAUCAAGUCUACUCAUACAUGGUUUCCAUCCCCGCCGAGGUCGUCGCAGCGGCCGUCAUCAUCGAAUACUGGGUCACCAUCAACAGCGCCAUCUGGAUCACCGUGCUUGGCAUCCCCAUGAUUGUCAGUUCGCUGCUGGCUGUGCGCAUUUACGGCGAGCUCGAGUUCGGCUUCUCCAUAAUCAAGAUCAUGCUCGUUGUUGGCGUCAACAUUAUGGCUCUGGUCAUCACCUGCGGUGGCGGUCCAAACGGCGAGGCCAUUGGCUUCGAGUACUGGAAAAGUCCCUACGGACCCAUGGUUCAGUACCUCGGCAUUGCUGGGUCUCUUGGUCGGUUCUUAGGCUUCUGGAAGACACUGAACAAUGCUCUUUACGCAUACUCCGGCAUCGAGAACAUCACACUGGCUGCGGCUGAGACGAGGGACCCUCGUCGGUCUAUACCCAUGGCUGCAAAACGUAUCUUCAUCCGUAUCGGCCUCUUCUACGUCGUGACCAUCUUCAUGAUUGGCCUGGUCGUCCCGUCCACCGACAAAAAGCUAGUACCAUGGACAGGAGACGCUUCCAUGUCACCAUUUGUCAUUGCUGCCCAAAACGCAGGCAUCAAGGCUGUGCCGUCAAUCGUCAACGCUGUUGUGCUCACUUCGGCAUGGUCAGCGGGCAACUCCAACAUGCUCGGCGGUUCCAGAAUCCUGUACGGAAUGGCAGCUCAAGGCCAAGCCCCGUCCAUUUUCCUGCGCAUCAACAGAUUCGGUAUCCCCUAUAUCGCUGUCUCCCUGUAUGGCCUAUUCAUGGCCCUGGGAUACAUGACCCUGUCCGACUCGGCUAGCACGGUCUUCACCUGGCUGCAGGAUCUUGUCUCCAUCUCAACCCUGGUCAACUGGAUUACCAUCUGUAUAGUCUAUGUCCGCUUCGUCCACGCCUGCAACAAGCAAGGGAUCGAUCGUCAAAAGGAACUCCCUUGGGCCGCUCCUUUCCAGCCCUAUACGACUUACGCCUCUCUUGUCUUAUUUGUGCUUCUUUUCUUCACUGGCGGCUUCACGACCUUCAUUCAUGGCCAAUGGGAGAUUGAGUCUUUCAUUUCAAACUACUUCAAUUUACCCUUCACUCUGAUCAUGUAUUUCGGUUAUAAGCUCUGGUUCAAGACCAAGAUCAUUCCAUUGGAAGACGUUCAACUUCGUCAUUUGAUCGAUCGUUACGAGGGUGAGCCGAGGGUAGAAUUGAAGCCGAGGCGAGGGCUGGCAAAACUGAACUUUCUGUGGUCUUGAACGUUUGGGAAUAGUGGGAGUAGUUUUAUGGGCUUCAUGCUGUAUUGGUUCAAGACAUGGGGAGGUUUGGUGUGCUCGAAAGUGGUGAUCGCUUUGGCUUAGUGUAGCUAUUGUUUAUUUAUUAUUCUUAUGACACGUCAAUGACCUACCC